UAUCUUUAAUUCAUUUCAGUUGAAGGUAUUUACAUGCUCCAUUUCAGAUAUUUAAAAUUUUGUUUUGUUUACGUUUUGACUAGGCGAAAUUACGUUGUAGAUAUCUCUUAAACUGGAAUCACAAUUAGUCAGAAUGACGUUGUAGAUAUCUUAAACCGUAGUUUCAGAUAGUCAUAAUUUAGUUGUAGAAAAUCUCUUACCAAGUUGUAUAUAUCUUGUUAUGAAUUUUGAUUAGAGAUAUCUGAAACUGGAGAUAUCCGUAAAUUUAAUUUUGCCUAGUCAAAAUAUAAUUAAUUAUACAUAUCUUGACAAGGCGAAAUGACGGUGCAGAUAUCUAUACCCAAAUUAUACCACUUGAGGCGGGAGCGGAGCAUUUCCACAUGGCACCUGUAGCUGUUAACGAAAAGUUAAUUUAUCAGUAAGAUCGCCAAAAUGCAUUUUACGGUCUUUUUGUUAAUGGUCUCUAGUGAAAAGUUCGUUGAAAAUUAUAUUAUAGACAAAAGCUAAUUUUAACACAGAUAGUUGUUAAGCAUUCGAGACAAAUAGCUUUUUGGACGGAUUGUGCAGUCAGUUUGGUGCUUUCUGUGUCAUGAUGUCAUAAUGACGUUUGAGAUAUCUUUAACUUUCAAUUUGCCUAGUCAAAACUGAAUAACAGAUAUCUGCAAUUGUCUUUUAUGAUGUGUGAAGAGUUGAAUGUCGUUUUCAAUUAUGUAACUGCAGAUACCUGUAAUUCCGUUUUGCCUAGUCAAAACUGAAUUGCAGAUAUCUCUAACUAUCCUUUCAUCUAGUCAAAAUUACGUUACAGAUAUGUCAAAAGACAAUUCCCACUAUCCAAAAUGAAAUUAUGCCUACUCGGAAAGACGUUGAUAUGUAGAACGUUCAUUCCGGAUAAUCAAACAGCGUUUACCUACUUUGGACUCUUACUCUAUCUAUCUAUUGUAUCACAGUGAACUAGUGGGAGCCUGAAUCACGGUGUGUGCGACUGCAGCAUGAACGUCCCGGGACUCGCGGCUAUGGUCGCCUUCUACGUGCUGGUGCUGGGGAUCGGCAUCUGGGCCUCGAUCAGGUCCAAACGCGCGCGUGAAAGGACCCAGAACGACCGCACCGUGCACGCGUUGUUGGGGAACAGGGGGAUACGUCUGGUCGUGGGGGUAUUCACAAUGACAGCCACGUUUGUUGGCGGAGGCUUCAUCGCUGGUUUAACAGAAGCUGUAUACACCCCAACUAUGGGACUGACCUGGGCUGUCAUGCCUGUAACUGGUGCUCUGUCAUUUAUUAUUGGUGGACUUUUCUUUGCAAAGAAGAUGAGGGACAGAAAAUAUGUGACUAUGAUGGACCCAUUCCAAAAUAAGUAUGGAAAUAUAAUUAGUGCUGUUCUGUCUGUAGCACUGUUGGUAUCAGACAUCAUCUGGGUGACAGGAACUCUCAUAGGUUUAGGUUCGACAAUGAGUGUUAUCUUGGAUAUUCCUUAUUCUGCAUGUAUUUGGAUAUCAGCUGCAGUUGCCAUAGUCUACACCCUUCUGGGCGGCCUGUAUAGUGUAGCAUACACUGACAUUAUACAGUUGAUUCUCAUUUUCUGCAGUUUGUGGUUAUGUGUCCCUUUCAUCUUGAUCAACCCUUAUACAGAAGAUAUCACCAAAACUGCUCAUACAUUUAUUUACCAGGCCCCUUGGACUGGGUCUGUAAAUAAACAGAAUGUGUGGAUUUGGCUUGAUAAUUUCUUAUUACUGAGUCUUGGUAACUUGGGUUAUCAAGAUUUUCACCAGAGGACUCUGUCUUCAUCUUCAUCCUCCACAGCUAGGAUCACAUGCUUCAUUGCCGCACCCAUGAUUUUUGUCCUUGGAAUCCCCCCUAUGUUGAUUGGAGCGGCUGCAGUCUCAACAAACUGGACUAUGACAGAGUAUGGCUCCCCAUCCCCAUAUGAGCGUGGUGAAGCAGGACUGGUGCUACCCAUUGCUCUGCAGUAUCUCACCCCAUCUUUUAUCUCCAUUGUGGGCAUUGGAGCAAUCGCUGCUGCUGUGAUGUCAUCCACAGACUCUGCUCUGUUGUCAGCAGCAUCAAUAUUUACAUCCAACAUCUACAAGAACAUUCUGAGGAGAACGGCACCAGAGACAGAGCUUCUGUGGGUCAUACGCAUUACUGUGGUGGUGGUGGGCCUGGUGGGCACCUCCCUGUCAUUUUUAAGUAACAGUGUUUUGAUGUUCUGGAUACUUGGCUCAAGCAUUACCUAUACCAUCAUGUUUCCUCAGCUGGUGUGCAUCCUCUUCUGUGAGGUCUCUAACAGCUAUGGCUGCAUCAUGGGUGUGGUAAUUGUAGUGUUAUUGAAGGUACUGAGUGGGGAACCAGCACUAGGCCUGUCUCCUCUUUUCUAUUACCCUGGGUGCCCUGUUAUGAAUGGCACAUAUGUCCAAUGUGCUCCAGUUCAGACCAUCUGUAUGCUAUGUGGAUGUAUUACCACUUUAAUAUUUUCCUACAUAACACAUAUAUUUUUUUACAAAAACGUUAUUCCUGGUGAGGGAGAUGUUUUUCGUGUUACAAUGUAUAAAGCACCGCAAAACAAAACAGACAGCACUAAUCUGAACAAUGAAAUUGAAAUAUGAAGGUUUGGGAAAUGGUAAUUGCAUUUGUGUAGACUGCAAAUAAAAAAACUUUUUUUACAAGAAGCUGUCUGAUUUAUUAAAACUAUUCCGUUAAACAAUAACCGCGAUCAGGAUAUUCUAAAUGCAUUUU